AUGGACAUGAAGAAGAGGAUCCACCUGGAGCUGAGAAACCGGACCCCGGCAGCAGUUUGAGAACUUGUCUUGGACAUGCAAAGCGACGAUGGAAAAAUCGAGGGGUUAACGGAUGAAUUUGUGAACCUAGAGUUCCUCAGUUUAAUAAGUGUAGGCUUGUUCUCAGUUUCAGAUCUCCCCAAGCUACCGAAAUUGAAAAAGCUUGAGCUCAGCGAUAACAGAAUCUUUGGCGGUCUGGACAGACUAGCAGAAGAACUGCCAAGCCUCACACAUCUGAACUUUAGUGGAAAUAAGCUGAAAGAUAUCAGCACCUUGGAACCUUUAAAAAAAUUGGAUUGUCUGAAAAGCCUGGAUCUCUUUGACUGUGAGGUCACUAACCUGAACGAUUACAGAGAGAGUGCCUUCAAGCUCCUGCCCCAGCUGUCCUAUCUGGACGGCUAUGACCGAGAGGACCAGGAAGCACCUGACUCGGAUGUGGAGGUGGAUGGCGUAGAGGAAGCCCCUGACUCAGAUGCAGAGGUGGAUGGUGUGGACAAAGAAGAAGAGGAUGAAGAAGGAGAAGAUGAAGAGGAAGAGGAGGAUGAAGAAGAGAAUGAAGAUGAAGAUGAAGAUGAGGAUGUAGAAGAUGAUGAAGAUGAAGUCAGUGGGGAGGAAGAAGAAUUUGGACAUGAUGGUGAAGUUGAUGAAGAUGAAGAAGAUGAGGAUGAAGAGGAGGAUGAAGAGGAGGAAGAAAGUGGGAAAGGUGAAAAGAGAAAGAGGGAAACAGACGAUGAAGGAGAAGAUGAUUGAGACCCCAAACAAUCUGCAAGAACCAGAACUGUUGAGUAUUGGUUGGACUGUUCAUGGAUUUGGUAGCUGUUUAAAAAGGUAGCUGUGAUACAACCCCAGGACACCCCACCCAAAGAGCCAAAGAAUAGUUCCCAAGACAUUCCGCCUUCCUCCGUUUAGCCCCUUGGUAAUCCACCACCAAGCCUGGGGACUUCUGCCCCAACAAAAUUGUAAAGGUUGUUAGGUUUUCGUGUAAGACUCUUGCUGUAUCGUGACAGCUGUGGUUGGUGAGUUGACCGUCCUGGCUGCCAGUUACACUGCGAUUGUAACAACAUUUUUACUUUCUGUACAACAAGGAAAAGCUUUGUAAAUAAAAUCUUAACAUUUUG